AUACUAAUGGACUCUCAUGAUGUCAAUAUAAUGGUUUCAACCAUUACACAUCCACUCCAGGAGUCACAUUCACCUCAAGAAUCACAAGAGUUACAUUCCUUCCAAGAGUUAUAUUCCCCUCAAGAGUCAUGUUCACCUCAAGAGUCAUGUUCGCUCCAAGAAUCAUACGAAUCAUGCUCGCUUCAAAAAUCGUGCGAAUCAUGUUCGCUUCAAAAAAC